GAACUACACAAACCUCCCCUCUUCUUCUUCUCUCUCGAAAUUUCUUCUCUCUUUUCCUCUCCUCCGCAAGUCUCUCUCCAUUCAUAUAUCAAUAGACGGGCAUAAAGAGGGCAUUGGAUAAUUGACACCUUGUUAUGUUGAAGCUCGAAGAAAUUUGAAAAAAUCAAGCAAGAAUUUGGGUGGAAGACUGCUCGACGGCAACUUCACAAUACACACACGCACCACAACAUUCGUCACUUGGUCUUUCAUUCGACUGUCCAUAGCUGUCACUUUCUACGAGGAACAAAAGAAAGAAACCCCCAUUCACACAUUCACCUCUCUCAAUCUUCUGGAUAGCAUUGGAAGGCCUUCAUCACCGUCGCCCAAUCAUUCAAUCCAGUAAUCGGAAACCACCUUCCUGCUCCUCCUCCUCUUCCUCCAUACACACAUCCAAUCCACUUCACUCGAACCACUUCUCGGCUUGAAUCCUGCCUUGUCUCUUGAUACUUACCACCAGAACAAAUUCAAUACUCCCCCCCAAAAUUGUGUUAUUUCUGCCACCAAGUUUCGACUCCUUUCUCGUUUCUUCCGCUCCCAAUUCUUCGCUCUCGAAUACCUCGAAUUGUUUCAAUUCUCGGUAUUGUUUGUUUCGAAGUAAUAAUUUUUCAAUAAUCUUCAAAGUGGUACCUCUUUUGUUGUCCAUCUCAAUCUCGUCAACUCUUUUUAUAAAAGUUAGACGGCUUUAAGAUUUGGCUCCACAAUUGAAAGUCAAGAGACUCGACAAUCCAAGUGAGCAUUUUUACAUGCCAACGGUCGCUCAUCUCACCUUGAACAUUCUUCCACAAAAGCUCUACGUUCCUCCUCUCAACCCAACACUCGGCACGUAAUUACUCCAAAUAUCUCAAGCAAGAUCAAGAGAGUCAAAGAUCGGAGACGUUUACUCGUUCAUCCUAUCUUAACUUCUACGGAGAAUAUCUGCAAAACAUUUCUACCGCAUCAUCCUCUCAUUGUCUUCCAUCACGAGGGAUCUACCUGGAAUUUCCACCGUAUCUUUAUAAAGUGAUAUUCACCUGCCACCUCACCAAUAUCAACUUUGAAAGGUUCAGCUUUUACAUUUUUUCGCCUUCUUUUUUCGAGGCCAUUGUCGUUCAUUUUCGAAUUAUAGUUCCACCCACACUCUCUAAUAAUAAUACACCAAAGUAUCGUUCUAUCGAACCGUACAGCACAUUCUUUACAACCAACAAUACUGCAAUCCAGUGUCUAUUGAAAGCCACUGUCAAGUCGAAGCUCCUGGAGAACUUGACGUCCACUCCUUCCCUACUACCAAACACCAAAAUACCUACAACUUCACAUCACCUUCUACACCUACAACAUGUCGUACAAUCAACCUUGUGACACGUUCUUCGUGGAGGAUAAUACUUUCCAACAGCAGCAGCAACAGCAACCUCGACCAAACUCUCAAGAAUACAUCAAGAUGAUGGGUCGACGGAGGCAAGAAGCCAUGGCCAAUGAGUUAUCUAGACAAGCUUGCGAUGCUUACAUGGAUGAUAUCAUUGAUCACAUGGCAUCGAUGGAGGAUGCGACUAUGCCAGACGUUGCCUCGAUAGAAAUUCAACAAGAGAUUCAAUGGUUCAUGAGGCCUUAUCUCAUCGACUUCCUUAUCGAAGCUCACUCUGCCUUUCAACUCCUUCCGGAAACUCUUCACCUCGCCGUUAACCUCCUCGAUAGAUAUUGCUCGCGACGUGUGGUCUACAAGAGACAUUAUCAAUUGGUCGGAUGCGCUGCACUUCUCAUCGCUGCCAAGUAUGGAGACAAAAAGGAACGCGUCCCCAUGAUCAGAGAACUAAAGUCGAUGUGCUGCUCGUUGUAUGACGAGGAGAUGUUCACGCAAAUGGAAUGGCACGUUUUGAACACCUUGGAAUGGAUGAUUGGUCACCCUACUGUUGAUAGCUGGUUGCAAUUGGCCUUGUUGGAAGGACCUGAAUAUGAAGACAUGACCGUCGAGCACAUGUCAUGGUACAUCUGUGAAAUGGCUUUAUAUCACAAAGAAUUUGUCUCGGUCAAACCUUCAGCAAUGGCUCGUGCGUCUCUAGCACUUUCGCGAGAUAUCCUUGGAUGCCCCGAGAUGGAUACUUACGGACAGGUUGAUUCGGAAUUGAUGCUCAGUCUUUCUCGACAACUCAACCAACCAUCUUCGGUCCUCGCAAGAAAAUAUGCUGCCCCACACCUGUCUAGAGUUUCUGAAGUCCUCCGAAGAUUCCUCCUCCAACAAGCAGCUAUGAGCCAAUGCCAUGUUACCCCACCAACUCCACCUGCUGAACCAGCCACUAACCAGAAGUCAAUGCAACAACACGAUGUGUAUAGCACACCACAAAAGGUAUAUGGACAACAUGUCAUCAACGGUUACCUCACGCCACCAAUCACCCCAGAAGGAGAAUAUUUUGGUCCAGGGAAUGGAAAUGAAAUCAAACCAUAUCAAACUUCAGCACCUAGGUGUCCGAUCACUCCAACUCCUCAAACUCAGAUGCAAUACAGUCAACAGCAACAAUAUCAGCAACAACCAUAUCAGCAAGAUAUCGUCAUGCAAUAAUUGAAAAUCUCCUGAAUUUGUUAGAUUUCCCCUCAGUCCUUGCAUCAUCUACAUCUUGAUCUCGGACAUCAUAUCACACCACACCACAUGUACCACAAUUUGUAUUGAUUGACCCAAUUUCAUCGGUCAUUUCAUCAGCAUUCGAUCACAAGACCAAUUUUUUUCGGACUUUAUCGUUUCUGUGUUCGGCAUCAGCGCGUUUCAUCGACCUAUUUUUUCUAUCAAAAAAUAUCUGGCAUUAGCGAAUCGUCGAUUUUUAUUUUCUCUUCAAAAUCAUCUUGUCGUUCUAGCGUUUUUUAUUUACAACACACAAUUACUACACACACACCGCUCUUCAGCAACCCAACUUUUCUUUCUUUCCUUUGUUUCUUUUCGGGGCGCAAUCUUCCUUUUGAUAGUAAUUGAAGAGGGAGAAAAUGUGACUAGAGAAGAAAAGAAAAAAAAUAGGAAGGAAUGGAGUUGGUAUUCUGAGGCGUGGAUAUUUUCUUUGUUUCUGCAGGAAGUUUUUAGUUCUCUUCACAACCUUCUUGCACAUCACAUUCGGGUCGAAUCGGGUCACAAUUGAAUAAGAAUUUGAGGCACGAGGAAGAUGAUGGAUGCAUUCAUUACUUGCAUACAUUCUUUCUUGAUAGAAGUUAUGCUUCAGUAAUGGGUGGAUGUGGAUAGGUUUCUAUUUGAACCUAUGGUAAUGGAAAGAUGAGAGGUUCAUUCCAUUAUAUCUUAAUAGAGAUUGGUGGAUGGGGAAUUUGGAGGAAGUCUUUAUUUCGGAGUGGUUUUUGUUUGGUAGGAUAGGGGCUGCGGGCAUGGUUGGAUGGAGAUACCCAAGAUCCGGUCAGAAUAAGAAUGGCUGCUUGCUUACUUGCGUUCCGCAAUGGUAAUUGAAAUCAUCUAAUUGGUUUCAUUAUUCCAUGGAUUGGUGGAUGGGGUGGGGGGUGAAUGAAGUGCAUGGGGUCGGGAGCAUGGAUUCAUGGCUAGAUAGUUGGGUGAAGAGAUGCAUCGGUAUUAGAUAAAAUGGAUAAUAAGAUACCCGAUCAUCAUAAUUCUGUUCUAGUUGACUGUGAAAGCCAUUGCAUGUGGGUGAUGAAGAUGAUUUUUAAUUUUUUUGA